AUGGCCGCAGCCUACCUCCUUGCCCAGCUCGUACUUGGCGGUGAAGUGGCGGUCGUAGCCGAAGCUUUUGUCAAGCUCCCGCUCCACCUGACCGGCGCCGCCGGAGCCUCCGGCCCCGUGCUCCGGGAUCGGGACCUCGACGGGCGGCCUGGGCACCUACGACGCGGAGGCCGGCGAGCGACGGCCGAGCCGGCGAGCGAGGGACUCCUUGAUGUGCUUGGCCGGGGACGGCGGCGGGAAUGGGCGGCGGAAGAACUGACACAGCGUGGACGCCGAGGUCGCCGGCGUCAGCGCGAUGCUGCCGGGGAGCCUGAAGGGCUCCUGGCCCAGGGGCUGCCGGCCGCCGCAGACCAUGCCGACGUCGCCCCGACCCUGCCCCCACGCAGAGUCCCCGCGGGAGACGGCCGCGCGCUCCGCCUCCCUCCUCUUCCGCCUCCCCCACCCCUCCUGAUGCCGCAUCCUCCGACCCGACCCUGA